AUGGAGUCUUCAAACCAGCCCACUCCUGAACUACGAAUUGCCGUGGUUGGUUGUGGCCAUGGACAACUUGAUACCAUCUACGCUGACCUCGAGUCCGGAUGUUCUAGCAGAGGCUGGAGCCUGUCGGAUCUUGACCUUCUCAUCAUCUGCGGUGACUUUCAGGCUGUAAGAAACGAAUCAGAUCUCAAUUGCAUGUCUGUCCCGCGAAGAUACCGCCAGCUUGGGGACUUCCACAAAUACUACUCUAAACAGGCCCGAGCUCCUGUUCUCACAAUUGUCAUUGGUGGCAACCACGAAGCAUCAAAUUAUUUCUUCGAGUUGUAUCAUGGAGGCUGGUUAGCGCCCAAUAUCUUCUACAUGGGUGCUGCGGGCGUCAUACGCUAUGGCCCGUGGCGUAUUGCAGGCCUCUCAGGAAUCUAUGGCCGGCCAGAUUAUCGCAGCCCUCACCAUGAACGACUGCCAUACGAUCGUGACGGGAUCAAAUCCGUCUAUCACGUCCGCGAAUAUGAUGUCGAGAAGCUUCUUCGAGUUACUGGACAUAUCGAUAUUGGGCUAACUCAUGACUGGCCUGCUUGGGUGGAACUAUGCGGCGAAUAUGAGAAUUUGUAUGCUGCAAAGCCCCAUUUCCUCGCCAGUGCCAAGAUCGACAACCUGGGCAGCAAACCUGCCAGUCGACUCCUAGGAUAUUUACAGCCCUCUUAUUGGUUCUCAGGGCACAUGCAUGUCAAAUUUGCAGCCACUAUCAAACAUGUUGAAUCUACCUUUGAGGAUACUGUUCGCUUGCUUCCCGUAUCAGAAAGCAUUCGGACAACUUUGCCUUUAUUCAAGAAGAAUUCUUCUAAAUCUGUUGUUGAAAACACUUCCAAAGCCAAGCAGAACAACGUCACUCAGUUUCUGGCUCUCAGCAAGGCAGCAGGAGACCAUCCUUCUACGUACAUGGAGCUGUUGGAGCUCGAACUUCCCGAGCGCUCGGAAGAAGAGCAGCAGUAUUUCUCUCGCGAUGACAAUGGAAAAUACCAUCUGUCUUACGACGAGGAAUGGUUAGCCAUCACACGCGCAUACAACGACACCCUCCGGCUUGCCGAUCCGAACACCCUGAUUGUCCCUCCUGCAAAGAAAAAAAGCACCGUUUCUCCUACAACAAUAACCCGACAUAGGACCUGGGUUCGUGAUAACAUAUCCAAAAAGGGCCUGCUUCGAAUCCCGGAGGACUUCACAGCCCAUGCACCGACACAGUCUGCCAACACCAUGGCCGGGCAGGAACAGCCACCUGAAUUUCCAAACAAACAGACUUCAGAUUUUGCCGAGUUGUUGGAAAUGGAGGACAAAUUCGCCGUUUCCGUAGAUGACUCUCACCAGGAUGACGAUGAAGGUGGGAUAGAAUUCGGGUGGGAAUAG